AUGAAGGUCUCUCCUCAUGAUUUUGGCAGGCUCGGAGUGGCUGCAUGCUGUACCCAUCCCUUGGACCUAACGAAAGUUCGAAUGCAGACCGUGCAGUUCGUAUCUGGUUCGUCUCGAAUAUCGACCGUCACAGUCCUCCGUACGACCAUUGCAGAGUCUGGCGUCCGCAGCCUGUACACUGGGCUUACCGCCUCUAUCCUCCGACAAAUGACUUAUUCCCUCGUGCGCUUGGGGAGCUACGAGAAGAUGAAGUUUAGCUUGUCAAGGGACAGACAACCGUCACCGUCUGAACUGCUAUUAGCGGCUAUGGCAGCGGGUGGUUUAGGCGGCGUUGCUGGCAAUCCUGCUGAUAUUUUGUUGGUACGGAUGACAAGCGACAGUACGCGUCCUCCAGAAAAGCGCUAUAACUAUUCCAACGCUCUGACUGGUCUCGUCAGUCUCAUCCGAAAUGAAGGCGUCGGUGGCCUAACAAGAGGACUCGGGACAAAUACUCUCAGAGCAAUAUUGAUGAACGGCUCGCAGGUCGGCUCUUACGAUUUUUUCAAAGUCAUCCUGCUCCAUCGCUCUAUACCAAUUGUCAACUAUCAGCUGCAAGAUAAUCUAUUACUUCACACAAUAGCAAGCUGCAUGGCAGGGACGGUUGCGACUACUGUCUGUGCUCCUGCCGAUGUCAUUCGAUCUAGAAUCAUGUCCCAAAGCGGGCAAGCUCGACCAAUAGAUGUCCUCCGGCAAUCCUUACGGGAUGAAGGUCCACGCUUUCUUUUUAAGGGCUGGACUCCAGCUUUCGUGCGCUUGGGUCCUAAUACAGUAUUUUUGUUUGUGUUCUAUGAGCAACUUAAGAAGGGUUGGGAUACCACCUUUGCUGCACGGUGA